GAAGAGUUGUGAAAUGAGCAUAGACUGGGCCUUGAGUUUGGCGUCAUCAGCGCAGUGAGGGCAACACUGACACGCAUGAAGCUACUCUGCGCCAUAUUGACUAGUGGCAGCCGGCUAGCUGGGCGAGAGGCCAGCUACCUUUGAUUCAACUAUUAAAGAUGUCUAGGGGACCUCAGAUCCUGACCUGGUCUUGUCCCAUAAAGCCAUUGCUGCUAUUGAGAGAAUCCCAUGUCUCUGCUUUAUCUGAGCACACUGGUGCUGCUUGGCAUGGUGCAAGAGCAGUGAAGGAAAGGAGAUAUGAAGUGAUCCAUGGAAGUAAGGUGAGGUCAUCAUUGUCCACAGAGACUGUAUCCUGUUCAACACAGCUGUCUGUAUUUAGCAUGGACUGUGAUAAUCGUCAGCUGAGAAAGGCUUCAUUUCAAAACCUCCUAUCCAAAGCCGUUUUGUCCAGCCAUCAUCAUCAACACCUCAAAGCUGUGAGCAUUUACCAGGACUGUUUAAUCAACACAACUUGCCUUAAACCCCAGAGAAGGCCUUGGGACAUUUGCCAGCCUUCACUCAGUUUCACCAAUAAGACUCCGUGUAACCUUCUUCAAAGCCAUUUAUAUUACAAACAGCACUUUGUUAGACCUUUCAGCUUGUCGACACAUACGGCAUGGAUUUUGAAACACUUUCACAGUCGACUCCAACCCUCCAGCCUCUCAUUUCACCAAACCAGAGCUGUUCAUCAGGUUGCCCCUCAUGUGGCAGACGCCUGGAGAGACUGUCUGUCCCUGGAGAAUGAAAACAGGUGUCGACAGAGCCUGAGGCCCAACUUGAAGCUGUACGAGGUGGACAAGGGGAGAAAAGGGGCGAGCCAGGGAAAGAACCAGGGGAAAUGGGCGUCAGUCCUGGUCUCUCUCUGCUCUGUUGAGGGGGAGCCGGUGUUUCUCUUCACUCUGCGCUCCAGUACACUGAAGGGCAGGCACAAGGGAGAUGUCAGUUUUGCAGGAGGAAAGAGUGAUCCCUCAGACAGAGAUGUGGUUGCCACAGCGUUGAGGGAAGCCAGGGAGGAGCUGGGUGUUAAUGUGGCAACAGAGAGGGUAUGGGGCAUCCUGAAGCCUCUCAGGGACAUGUCAGGGAUGAUGAUUGCUCCUGUGCUGGCUAACCUCGGUCCCCUAGAGGAGUUGUCCUUCAAACCCAACCCCGGAGAGGUGGAGGAGAUUUUCACCCUGUCCUUGUCCCACUUGUGCAACCCUCAGAACCGUGGCUACACACACUUCCGCACCGGUGACAAGUACGGAUACACCCUCCCAGUGUUUCGGAACGGGAAGCAUCGAGUGUGGGGCCUGACGGCCGUCGCCCUAGACCAUACCCUGAAACUCAUUGUCCCUCCUUAGGAGCUUAAUCACAGUUACUUUACAGUUUACAGUACACACACAGUACUAAAUCAGAACUAUCAUGUGACUCCAAGAUUUGAUUCUGACAAAUGAGCAGUCAAGCUUUGUGUAGCAAAAUCAUGUCAGGACUAAUUUACGAAGUUAAAGUCCUUUCCUUUCUGGGAGUAUCACAGUCAGGAGAAGGAUUUUUCCACUUGUGCACUUUCUGAGCCUCAGGUGUAUACGAAUCUCUAUUGAAUGCCAGCUGUGUUGAUGUCACUGAUAAAGAGCAGGUGUUGGAAGUCUUGGCCAUUCAUUUGGUGAAUAGCUAUGGAGUAACAUCAAACAGCAAUGCCAAUAUUUUGUUAUACCUGAUUGAUUCUUACCUGAACACUAUCAGGUUUUUCCUUAAUUUGUCCCCUGUCUGUAUACAGUAUAAUGGACUGCUUUAUUUUUAAAUGCUUACAAAUCCUUCUUUAAUUAAGCCUCACAUCUUUACAACCGGUUACCAAUUAAAUUGUUUUUUACAAGUUAAAUCAGUGAGUCACUGAGAUAACUUUUGCCAUGUGAGUUUCACAUGAUGCUUGUGUUUGUUACAUUUUAUCAUGUCUGCUCAGCAGACAACAGAGUUCAUGAUUUCCAGUGUGAUUCAGCUCAUGCCCAUUUUAUCUCACACUAGAUAAAAUCUGGACUGUUAUAAACACUGACAUGAUGUAAGCACACCAUGUGGUGUUGAUGAACAAUGCAAUAAAGGUUGUUUUAAAAGGUA